AACUCUUGCAGUCAGCUGGAGACGCUGCCGGCGGCUCCGCAAGUUGGUCCUGGAAGCAUCUGCUCUGGGAAGAUCAGGGAGGAGGCGUGGAACCACUUUUUCAUGGAGAACCACUUUGAGAAGGGCAAACAUGCUUUGCUCAACGAAGGAGAAGAGAAUGAAAUGGAGAUAUUUGGCUACCAAACUCAGAGCUGCAGAAAAACCCUCUGCCUUGCUGGAUCCAUCUUCUCGUUUGGGAUCCUCCCCUUGGUGUUUUACUGGAGACCUGCUUGGCAUGUGUGGGCAAAUUGCAUCCCGUGUUCCUUGCAAGAAGCAGAUGUCGUGUUGCUGAGGACAACAGAUGAAUUCCAAACCUACUCUUGGAAAAAGGUAAUGAGGAUCUACCUGUCAGCACUAAACAAUGGAUUUCAUCUCACUCCUGACCACCCUCUCAUUACAGAUGAGGAGUAUAUCAUAAAUAGAGCCAUAAGAAAGCCAGACCUAAUGGUGAGAUGCAUAAAAGUGCAGAAAAUAAGAUAUGUUUGGAACAAUUUAGAAGGACAGUUUCAGAAAAUUGGCUCUUUGGAAGACUGGCUCAGUUCUGCCAAGAUACAUCUAAAAUUUGGAUCAGGUUUAACAACAGAAGAACAAGAGAUUAGGAGGUUAAUAUGUGGCCCUAAUAGUAUUGAUGUUGAAAUCACACCAAUUUGGAAACUGCUCAUCAAGGAGGUUUUAAAUCCAUUUUACGUAUUUCAACUCUUCAGUGUCUGCCUGUGGUUUAGUGAAGACUAUAAGGAAUAUGCUUUUGCCAUCAUAAUUAUGUCUGUCAUUUCCAUCGCCUUGACGGUGUAUGAUCUUAGAGAGCAAUCUGUGAAACUCCACCGUCUAGUUGAGUCACAUAAUAACAUUACAGUCCCUGUAUGUGGGAGAAAAUCUGGAGUCAGAGAGCAGGAAUCACGUCUCCUGGUCCCUGGAGAUCUAUUAAUUUUGAAAGGGAACAAAGUGCAAAUGCCAUGUGAUGCCAUCCUGAUUGAUGGCAGCUGUGUGGUAAAUGAAGGCAUGCUGACAGGAGAAAGUAUUCCAGUCACUAAGACUCCAUUACCCAAGAUGGAUAGCUCUGUGCCCUGGAAGACACAGAAUGAAGCAGAUUACAAAAGGCACGUCCUCUUCUGUGGAACAGAGGUUAUCCAGGUCGCGGGAGCUUGCUCUGGGGCCGUGAGAGCAGUGGUACUGCAGACCGGAUUCAACACUGCAAAAGGGGACCUUGUGAGAUCCAUUCUGUAUCCCAAGCCGAUGAAUUUUAAGCUCUACAGGGAUGCCAUCAGUUUCCUCCUAUGCCUUGUGGGGACCGCCACCAUUGGGAUGAUCUAUACUUUGUGUGUCUACGUGCUCAGUGGGGAACCCGCUGGAGAGGUGGUGAAGAAAGCCCUGGAUAUUGUCACAAUUGCAGUUCCUCCUGCUUUACCUGCUGCCCUGACCACAGGCAUUAUCUAUGCUCAGAAGAGGCUAAAGAAGAGGGGCAUCUUUUGCAUCAGUCCCCAGAGGAUCAAUGUAUGUGGGCAAUUAAACCUCGUCUGCUUUGACAAGACAGGCACCUUAACAAGGGAGGGCUUGGAUCUCUGGGGAGUCGUGCCCUGUGACAAGAAUGGCUUCCAGGAAGUCCACAGCUUUGCCUCGGGCAGGGCUUUGCCGUGGGGCCCACUGUGUGCCGCCAUGGCCAGCUGCCACUCUCUGGUUCUUCUCGAUGAUACCAUCCAGGGAGACCCUCUGGACCUCAAAAUGUUUGAAGCUACUACCUGGGAAAUGGCUAUUUCUGGGAACAAUGUUCACGUCACGGGAGUGCCAGCACACGCCAUGGUCGUUAAGCCCUGUAACACCAGCCAGGUCCCAGUGGAAGGAAUUGCAAUCCUGCAUCAGUUUCCAUUCUCGUCAUCGCUGCAGAGGAUGACAGUCGUUGUCCAAGAGAUGGGGGGUGACCGGCUGGUGUUCAUGAAAGGUGCACCAGAGACAGUGGCCAGCUUUUGCCAACCGGAAACAAUACCAACUACUUUUGCCAGUGAACUUCAGAUUUACACAACACAGGGCUUCAGGGUCAUAGCGCUGGCCUACAAAAAGCUGGAAAUGGACCACCACGCCACUGCCUUGAUGAGGGACAAGGUAGAAUCAGACCUGAUAUUUCUGGGAUUGCUGAUCUUGGAGAAUCAGUUGAAGGAAGAGACAAAACCUGUCCUGGAAGAGCUCAUCUCAGCCCGGAUAAGGACGGUAAUGAUCACAGGCGACAAUCUUCAGACUGCAAUAACAGUGGCCAGGAAGUCUGGAAUGGUUUCUGAAGGCCAGAAAGUCAUUCUCAUUGAAGCAAAUGAAGGUCCUGUGUCCUCAUCAGCAUCUAUCUCUUGGAAAUUGGUAGAAGAGAAGAAACACAUUACAUAUGGAAGUCAGGACAAUUACAUUAACAUCAGGGAAGAAGUCUGUGAUAAUAGCAGAGAAGGAAGUUACCAUUUUGCCCUAAGUGGAAAGUCCUUUCAGGUCAUUAAUCAACAUUUCAGCAGCCUACUGCCAAAGAUACUGAUGAAUGGGACCAUCUUUGCCAGAAUGUCUCCUGGGCAGAAAUCCAGUCUGGUAGAAGAAUUUCAGAAACUGGAUUACUUUGUAGGUAUGUGCGGGGAUGGAGCCAACGACUGUGGGGCUUUGAAAAUGGCUCAUGUGGGAGUCUCUUUAUCAGAGCAGGAGGCAUCUGUGGCCUCGCCUUUUACUUCCAAAACUCCAAACAUUGAGUGUGUGCCGCAUCUUAUCAAGGAAGGACGUGCAGCUCUCGUGACCUCAUUUUGCAUGUUUAAGUACAUGGCUCUGUACAGCAUGAUUCAGUAUGUUGGUGUUCUGCUGCUCUACUGGGAGACGAACAGCCUAUCGAAUUACCAGUUUCUGUUCCAAGAUCUGGCCAUUACAACUCUUAUUGGUGUAACAAUGAGUUUGAAUGGUGCCUACCCUAAGCUGGUGCCUUUCAGACCUGCAGGACGGCUGAUCUCCCCGCCUUUGCUGCUCUCUGUGAUCUUCAACAUCCUUCUCAGCCUGGCCAUGCACAUUGUGGGCUUCCUUCUGGUUCAGAGACAGCCUUGGUAUAAAAUGGAGAUACACAGUGACUACACAGUGCAAAAUGAAAGCAUCUCAAAGUUAACCACCUCUCCAACUGCUCCAAGCAAAGUUGGAAGUGAUGGUGCCUUCCCAAGUUUUGAAAACACUACUAUAUGGUUCUUGGGAACAAUCAACUGUAUUAUUGUGGCUCUUAUCUUCUCUAAAGGAAAACCAUUUAGACAGCCAACUUACAAAAACUAUAUCUUUGUCCUUGUACUGAUCAUACAGCUGGCUGUGUGUCUCUUCAUUCUAUUUGCUGAUGUUCCAGAUUUAUAUAGGCGUUUGGAUUUGCUCUGCACUCCGGUUCUGUGGAGGGUCUACAUUGUCAUUAUGCUCAGCUGCAAUUUCAUUGUGUCCCUUAUUGUGGAGGAGGUCAUUAUUGAAAACCGAGCCCUGUGGAUAAUAAUCAAAAGGUGUUUUGGCUAUCGAUCAAAAAGCCAGUAUCGGAUAUGGCACAGAGCCUUGGCAAAUGACCCCAGUUGGCCCCCGCUCAACCACACAUCCCACCCUGACCUGCCAGGGCACGGCGGGGGAGUGUCUUACAGCAAUCCGGUGUUUGAGAGCAAUGAGGAAUAACUCUGAAGGCAAUGGGAUAUUCAAGUUGAUAAAACAUAGAAACAAUGACAAAAGGGAACAGUUUCAGUGAUUUUUUUUUUUAAGCAAUAAAGACUCUUACAACA